UGUCGGUUCAGGUUCACUAACGUUCCGCACGCGCUGCCGCAAAAAGCAUUUCUUCCGCCGACUACGAAGACGCGUCUUUCAGUUCUUUAAUUCUACGCAAAGCUCCGGUGUUUGGCCAAGUGCGUGUGCCGAGUGCCUUUCGCUCUCCGCUCUCUACACUCUCCACUCCCUCCACUCUGCCCGCUCCACCUCCGCGGUGGUUGGUCGUCUGUGUGUGUGUGUGUGUGUGUGUGUGUGUGUGUUGCUGCUGCCGCCACCCGAAGCGCUGCCGACGACGACGCUGCGUCGGAAAAACCGCCGUUGGCUUUGGGAAAUCCGUUUCGUUCGUUUCGUUUCGUUUCGUUCGUUUUCGUUAUUUGUUAUUCGCACGUUGACGCGACGAGACCGCGAGCCGAGAAACAUGCAACACAAUGCGGCAACUGAUCGCGCGUGAAACAAUAAUCCACAUUUAAACGCUCUCUCAAAACAAAAAAGAAAAUGUAAACUUGCCAAACAGCAAAAUAUAUAAAUUACAACAAAUGCGAAAUAUGCAAGUGUAAAAGUGCGUUGCCAUUCAAGUGUCUUACAACAAAAGUAAUACCACAAAUUAAGCCUAUUUAUAUCAAUUAACCACGCAGCACACACGCAAGCGCAGCAUAACCCUCACAUAAUACGUCAAAACAAAACAAAACAAAGCAAAAAGAAGUGUGAUAUUUUAAUAUUAGCCAUUAGAGUUUACACAGAGAAACACCACAGCUAAAGAAAAGCCUACAAAAAAUAUAAUCUAAUAGUGGCUGCCGCAAAUUGGAUAAUGCUUGGAUAAUUCCCACUCACAAAUAAAUACCCAAAAAAAAAUCAAGACUAUGCCAGAUCAGCAGCGUUUGGAGUGAGCCACCAUCUAAGCCUAAGAGGCCACAUCGUUUCGUCAGGUCCCUCGCAAGAAUCCCAGGCCCCGCAAGCUGCAGGACUUGCUGGUGGAGUCCCCCACUUUGUGCUUGUCCCAGCAGGAGGAGGAGCAGCAGCUGCGUCCAACCAUAUCCCAAACCCAUCCCGUUGGAGGCUCCGUUCCGCAGGAGACGCAGCCACCGCCGCCGCCGCUGAAGCCACAAAAAGUUGACCUCAUGACGAUGGCAGAAGGCACCGACCCCAUGGGGCAUGGUCACCACACGAAUCCGCACAAUCCGCCUUCGCAGGCGCCUCCGCCGCCGCAGCACCACCAUGCCCACCCGCUCCACCUGACCCACUCCCAUCCCCAUCCGCAGCCACCGCCCCAUCACCUCAACCACAACCUGAAUCACCACCAGCAUCACCACCACCCGCAGCAGUAUCUACCGCACAUGUAUCCGGCGCCGGGGGCAGCAGCCGCCCCUUAUGGCCAGCUGCCGUAUCCGCAUCUCCAGCAGCAGCACCACCAUCAUUCCCAUCCUCCGCCGCCGCAUCCGCACCACCUGCCGCUGGCACUCAGUCUCCACCAGCAGGCGGCGGCUGCGGCGGCAGUGGCUGCUGCGGUGGCCACCAAUCACUCCAACAACAUCAACAACAACAACCAGGCCAGUGUGGCCAACAAUAAUAUCGUGGUGCCGUGGAAGCAGCGCAAGCGCAAGAGGCUAUCGGCGGUGCUGGACAAGCUGCAUCAUCACAACAACAACAAUAACAAUAGCAGCAGUAACAACAACAACAACAACAGCAAUGAGGGACACUCCAAUGGCCUCGCUUGCAAGGCGGAACCCAUGGAUAUGGAAGAGGAUGCCGAGGAUCAUGAGCAAGACGAGGAUGAGGAUCACACGGAGGAGUCCAUUCGCGAUGAGGACGACGAGGAGGAGCACCCUGAGGACGCUGAGGAGCAGCAUGCCAAGUACAUCAAGAGCGAGCAGCCCGUCAGCGAGGAUGAGGAGAAUGAGCCGGAGCUGGAGAACGAGGAGAACGAGGACAUCUCAGGCGAGGAUCUGGAGCUCUCGCACAGCGAUGACAACGAUCAGGACAGUCCCAGGAUCAGCAUGAGUCCGCUGCAGCUGCAGACGGCACAAAGCAACCUGCCGCAGGACCAUCCCCAUCCGACAAGUCAGCAGCUGAACAAGGAGAAUCCGCUGCACGUGGACAUCAAGACUGAGAUACCCAACCCCUACGACCGGUACUUUCCGAUACCCUCGCCCCUGUUCGGUUACUACCUGCACACCAAGUAUCUGAACGAGGUGUUCCGCCGGCGCCACGAUCUCUAUCCCUCGCCGCUCCAGCACACGCCCUCCUCGAUAGCCUCCGAGACGGAGACGUCGCCCACUUUGCAGGAACGCAAGAGCGGUCCCUCCGCCUCCUCGAAUCACAUGCUGCCCCACGUCCUGCUGGCCAAUGCCUCGCCCCCGCCGUCGCUGCCGUCGCCGCCGCGCAGCGAAUCCUCGGUGACCAAUAGUGGAGCCAACACCACCACGAGCAGCACCACCAGCACCACCGCUACCGGCGGCCUCAAGAAGCGCACCAGUCCCAAGCCGAAGGGCAAGAAGGGCGACAAGAAGCCCAUGCCGCCGCCACAGGAGCGUCCGCUUGAUCUGUGCAUGCGCAGCGACAUGGAGAUCAAGAAGUACAAAAAGUCGGGCUCGAAAUCAUCCUACCAAGAGUCCAGCCCUCCCUCCUCCUCCUCGGCUACCAUGAUGCCGCCACCGCCGGCCAUGAGUGCGGCCAGCAGCCUGGAGAGCAUGAAUGCCCUGUCGCCGGCAUCGAGUAGCCACUCGGGACACACGCCCAGCACCACCGCUUCCACGCCCAACCACCAGCCGCCCCCCAAUUCCCCGUAUGCGAAUGCCAUGAAUGCAGCCCAUGCAGCGGCUGCGGCGGCGGCAGCGGCGAUGAUCAAGCUGGAGAUGCCACUGCAUCCGCUGCACCACCAGCAGAUGCACGGUCAUCCCCAUGUGCCCACCACCACAGUGGGUGUGCCCGUGAUCAAGGGAGAUGUGGCCUCGCCCACGACCAAGGAAACGGUGGCCUGGCGCUACAAUCUGGACGUGUCGCCCGUUGUGGAGGAGAUGCCACCCGGCUCGGAUGUGGCCUAUGUGUGCCCCACCUGCGGACAGAUGUUCUCGCUGCACGACCGCCUGGCCAAGCACAUGGCCUCGCGCCACAAGUCCCGCAAUCCCGCCAAUGAUAUUGCCAAAGCCUACUCCUGCGACGUUUGCCGCAGGUCCUUUGCCCGCUCCGAUAUGCUCACCCGUCACAUGCGCCUGCACACGGGCGUCAAGCCCUACACCUGCAAGGUGUGCGGCCAGGUCUUCUCCCGCUCCGAUCACCUGUCCACCCACCAGAGGACCCACACCGGCGAGAAGCCCUACAAGUGCCCGCAGUGCCCGUACGCCGCUUGUCGCCGCGACAUGAUCACGCGUCACAUGAGGACGCACACGCGGUACGAGUCCAGGGGCGGCGGUGGCAGUGGAUCCCGGGAGGGCCGUGAGGGAGGACGAGAAGGUCGCGAGGGCAGGGAGUCCCGCCGGAGCGGAGAACGUCUAGAGGAGCCCAAGUCCCCCAGUUCCCAUCCGCUGCUCGACAUGAAGAUGAACAUGAACAUGGGCAUGGGCAUGGGCCUCAACAUGGGCCUGGGCAUGAACCCGAUGAGCCUGCUCCAAGAGGAGUUGCUGCAGAAGUCUCAGCCUGGCCUGACCCUGGGCGGACCCAUGCCCAUUGUGGUUAAGACCGAGAGCGCCUAACACAGCAGGCGGGGCUUCAUGACCUGCUAGAGGGGAGAUAACCCCAGCUUAGUGCUAGAAAAAGAGAAAUUAUAAUGAUAAUAUUAACUAGAGCAGUUCGUACUUGUACCGGAAAUCUCUGCGAAGACUGAGGAACCUUAUUACUACCUACAGUUAAAGAAUAGGCUAAAGAAGCACCUACUAGGAGGAGCGCUAGAGGGCAGCACUCAAGACCGACCACCCAACGUAUUAGCACUUAAACUAGUUCUAGUUGCCAGAUCCCCUUGAACCCCCCAUAGCCGGGAUCUUCGAUACAGCUAGGCAAUUCCAUGUUCCACAAAACUUAGGCUAUAUCUAAAAUAUAUCUAAUAUACAGAACGUACUUCUUAGGCGCGAUCAGAUCCCCCCGCCGGUCUGAUCUCACAGCAUUUUGAGCAACACUGAAAUUAUUAAGCUAUUAGUUGUUUAGUUAACUCUUAAUUUAUUGGUAACCUUUACUCAGCAGCAUGUAAACUUCAACCACAACGAUUUGUAUUAAUUUAAUUUAACUCUAUUUAAUUUAAUUUAAUUUAAUUUUAGAUCUAAACAAAAAACACACACAAA